AUAGAGAAUCUACGGAAAAAAUUAUGGUAGCGGAGAAGAGUUUUCAAGACGUCUUGUUUGGGAAAGAGCUGUCACAGAUAUCAUAAAACACAACCUUCAAGCUGAUUUGGGUAUUCAUUCUUACAGAAAAGGCAUUAAUGAAUACGCAGACAUGAGUCACGAAGAAUUUGUAAGGCAGUUUAACGGAUUUAAAAGCAGCGGUCUCCGAAGUGGAGAAGGAAGUGCCUGGGUAGAACCCUCUAACGUUCACAUUCCCGACACUGUCGAUUGGAGGAAACAAGGACUGGUCACCCCAAUCAAAAACCAGCAACAAUGUGGCUCUUGCUGGGCAUUCUCUACCACCGGUUCUCUUGAAGGGCAGCACAAAAAGAAGACCGGAGAUUUGGUUUCCCUCAGUGAACAGAACCUUGUAGAUUGCUCUCAACCGCAAG